GCACUCGGUUGUUUCCUUCGCGGCACAUGUAUGUGUCUACAUCCUUGCUAUAAAGACCUCGUUAUCCCAGCUUCCUUACAACCAACCCAUGACAGUACAGGGUUUCUCACAGCAGCUAAUCCAGCUGCAAGGUGCUCUGAUACAGCUUCAAGGUAGCGCUGCAGAUCAUGGAAAAAACAUCGCCCAACUCGGACAGGCCUUAUCGGCCGUCAAGGAGACAACGGGUGUGGCGACCACGAAUUUAGGCUCUCGCCAGGACACGAAUGAAGUCAGGCUGGACACUUUGCAGCAAAAUUUGACAGAGGUUUCAACUUUGCUGCGAAUACAGAACGAGACAUUGUCAGAUAUCUCGAGCAAGGUGGAGCAGCUUCAGAAUGUUUCUCGCCAGAGGGCGAUACUGGGCGAUGACUCAGAGCGGGCUGACCUGUCUGCCAUUGUCAGAAAGCUGCAAAGUGACAUGCGCAAUUUGCCGUCACGAGCUAGUUUUGUCAACACCGGUUUCUCUAACUCUUGGUACCGUCUUGUCAAUGAAGCUAAAACCUGGAAUGAAGCGGAGAGAUACUGUCAGGAACUACAUCCAAACGGUCACCUGGCCAUGGUGACGUCCGCCAAAGAAAAUAGUUUCAUUGAAGCUUUGCUAAAGAACCGAGUUUCUGGUAGCCGGCCAAUGGCCUAUCUUGGAGGUCACGACAUCGCAGCCGAGGGCCAGUGGAAAUGGCAGAACGGUCAGAGCAUGACGUACACCAACUGGGGCCCAAACGAGCCAAACAACUCCGGGUCCAUGGAAGACUGUGCGGAAUUUGUACCCGCAACAGGAAAGUGGAACGAUAUCCGGUGUACGCAGAAGCAGUCGUUCUUGUGUCAGGUGAUUUACCCCGAGUGACUCUUGGCGCCAUCUGACGUUAAUCGUGAUGUGACGUCACACGUUUAGUCCUUCAGUCAUCCAUGGGUUUUGAUAGCAUGUGCAGAAAGGCAGUUU